AUGUCGAUAAAAAGAGAAGUCCCACUUUCUAUUAUUCCCUUCCGAACUCCACAAGAACAAAGUUCAUUUUGGGAUCGUCAAAUAGUAAUUCCUGGAGGUUUUAACAAGAGAACCAUGCCAAAACUAGAUUAUAACACAUGCUCGAAAGAACAAUUACAAGAUUUACUGGAAAGGAACACAGUAUUAAUGAACAACAGCUCUCUUAUGUCUAACCUUUCCGAUAAAGGAGAAAAAAUUCACAAAGCUCGGGCAGAAAUCCUUAAGGCUUUAUCAGAAUUCAAUAAUGACGACACGGAAAUGCACAUCAUAAAUAACAAUCAUACCAGGAGUUCAGAAGAGUCGGGAGAUAAUUUGAAUAAAAAUAAUGCAUCAAAAGAAGAGAAAUCUAUUAAUGACCUUCGCAUUCGCAUGAAUAGGAUGGCAGUUGACGAUAGUAUCCAUGUGAGAGUGUAUAAUGAUAGUUCUGCGAAUAAUGAUUCUCCUCGUCAAGGUAAAUAUGUAAAACCGGUUCGACUCAAGAUAAUUCCAGUUGAGGAAGCUUCUGAACUAGAAGAAAAGCAGAUCAGACUUCAAAAGGAAUCAAAUAUUAAUAUGGUCAGAAACUCAAGACAAAAUGAUUCGGAUUUCCUUGAACCUUUUGAAAACAGCUCGGAUGACGGUUUUUGGGAUGAUGAUGAAUAUGUGUCCGAUGAUGGUGCCAGCGAAGUAGACUAUAAUAAUGAAGUAAUGGACACUUCUUAUUGA